AUGGUUGCUCUCGAUAAAACUACGCCAACGAUGAUACGAACGGGACUCCCAAUGGAUUAUAAUGGACAUUCGCCGUUGAGUAAUGAUGGGUGGUCGAACUCUGCUCUGCCGUCGACACCAACUGCUCCUAUGAGAAUGCGUAGGAGAGUAACAGUAUCUCCUCAUGCUAGUCUCAUGUCCCAAGCCCUGACUCAACUAUCUACAGCUGCAGAUGAACUCACUUUAAAUGGAUAUGAUGGAUACGGACUAUAUAAUAAUAAUAAUACCAGCUCUUGGUUGAGACCCCCACAACCAAGUAGUGAUGAUAAUCACCCUCAUAGUGAUGAUUUUGUCUUUGCCAAACCAGCCCUACCUACUCAUCGUAAACGUACACAGUCUAUGACGGCCAUACAGGAUCAACCUCACACUAUGGAAAUCAGCAGCAGUAACAGUAGUGGUAGAUCUGGCUCAACACCUACAGGCAGUGAUCCCGUCAAAUUCCAUACACCGAUCACAGGUAGAGUCGUCAAACCUAUACCACAAGCCUUCCAUUCAACCGGUCUGCUGCUCAAGAGGAAUGGUCGUCGUGGAGCUGAUAGUAAAGCCAUGCCCGAUACUCCAUUGAAACGCAUGCAAACAGCUCAUGGCAUGUGGAAUAUAGAAGGAAACAAGGGCUCAACAGCAGUAAAUGCUCCUGGAGGAAUGGUUGGUGCUCCAUCUCCUACCAGUCGACUCAAUUCUAGCGAUAGUAGGAUACCACUACAUGAACAAUCUGCAAAAAGAAACACAAUCUCGACAUCAUUGAAUCUGCCACUGCCAUCACCAUUAUUCUUACCAUCCGCAGCAUCCUGUAAACAACGUCAUAAUAACUUGAGGAGAUCUAGUCUUCCACACGUAACAGAUCCAUUUGGCAUAAACGAUAACGAGGAAGGAGACGAAGCGGACGAUGCUGAAGACGAAGAGAUGCCAAGAGCACCUCAAUUCCCCGCUAGAUCUGUUCCCUUCCAUGAAGGCGGUAUUGGAGAUACGAGUCUCCUUUUUGCUCCUCAUGCUCAACUCUUGCGCGCUGACUACUUUGACGACAAUUGGCAGCAGCAUAUCUUUGAUUCAAAUCGGACAGACGUGAUACAUGCCAACUAUUUCGACUCAACUUUUACUAUUUUGGCUACAUUGGGGGUUGGGACUUUUGCAGAAGCUUACAAGGUUCGCUCAUUAGUAGAUGGUAGACUGUAUGCAGUCAAGAAGUCAAAACAUACGUACACUGGCUUCAGGGACAGGCAGCAAAAACUGAAUGAAGUCAUGAUGAUGUGGAAGGUCUCUAAAUGUUCACAUUGCAUACGUUUGGAAGAUGCUUGGGAGCAAAAUGGAGUGCUCUAUAUGCAAACAGAGUUGUGUGAAGGUGGAACGCUCCAAUCGUAUAUGGAAGAUAAUUGCAAGACGGGUCCUCUGGAGGACACAGUCACCUGGCAAAUCUUGACUGAAAUAGCGCUGGGGCUGAAGGAAAUUCACGAACUUGAUGUCGUACACUUGGACAUCAAGCCAGCAAACAUCUUUAUCACUGAAGAACGUAUGCUGAAGAUUGCUGAUUUUGGAAUGGCAGCUGUGGUUCCAGUGCCUCCAAGUGUGGAACGAGAGGGCGAUCGAACGUAUCUAGCUCCCGAAGUGCUGGAACAUUAUUACUCUAAACCUGCCGAUAUAUUCUCGCUCGGGCUCAUAACACUAGAAGCCGCUACGAAUAUCAUACUACCUGAAAAUGGAGAGUGGUGGCAACGUCUACGUCAAGGAGACGUAAUGACGUUGUUUCAGAGUGUGUCUCCACCCCUCUCUGAUAUAAUAACAAGCAUGUUGGCGGUAGACCCACAACACCGACCAACAGUCAGAGAUAUUUUAAACCAUCCUAUAACUGCAAUGUAUUCAUAG